CGGCCAUCUUUGUUUCUCUGCCUUGUAGUGUAAAAUAUUCCAAAACGCCCCCCACUUUUUGUGUGUCGAUUUGAAUAUUACAUAAAUAUCAUAAUUUGGAAGGAAUACACUUUUAGAUCUCACGGAACGGGGUCACCGACGGGAAUAUAAUGUCCUCUCUUCUCCGUUCUUGUGAGGAAGAUGAGGGCACGGCGGUUAAUUCCGAGGGAGGAGAUUUUGAUGAAGAAGAAGAAGACGACGGGGACCUGGACGAGAACGCAAGCGACAUAAACUCGCCGGCGGCGCCUCGAGAAACUGCAGCAAGAGCCGCGCCAGAUGAUGGAGACGACAUUGGCGAGACAUCGGACAGGGACAACCUGGGGAAAAAGAAACGAGGGCCUAAGAAAAAGAAAGAGACGAAGAAGAAAGACAAGGAGAAGGAGGGAAAGAUCGCCAAAGCUCGCAAGCGCAAAAAAAUUGAGAGUGACAUAGAGAGAGACUCAGAGCCGGACUAUGCCAUGAACUCUGACAGUGCUGCCAGUGAUUACGGAGGGGAGAAGAAGAAGAAGAAGAAACACAAGGACAAAAAGGAGAAGAAAACCAAGAAAAAGAAGAAAGAAGACGAAGACAGCACGCAUGAAGAGACCACAAAGCCGGUAGAGAUGAAAACGUCAGCGCAGCUGGCCAGAGAGUGGGGACUUGAGGAUGUUGAGCACACAUUCACAGAAGAAGAUUACCGCACGUUAACCAACUACAAAGCCUUCAGCCAGUUCCUCAGGCCCAUGAUUGCUAAGAAGAACCCUAAAAUUCCCAUGUCCAAGAUGAUGACCAUUCUUGGGGCCAAAUGGCGGGAGUUCAGCUCCAAUAAUCCAUUCAAGGGUUCGGCAGCAGCCGUCGCUGCAGCUGCCGCCGCUGCCGCAGCAGCCGUUGCCGAGCAGGUCUCCGCAGCAACAGCCUCGCCCGAACCUCCACCUCAACCACCUCCACUACGCAAGGCCAAGACCAAAGAAGGCAAAGGCCCUGGCUACAAGAAACGAAGUAAGAGCCCCCGUGUCUCCGACAAGAAGAAGCCAAAACCCAAGAAAAUGGCUCCUCUGCGCAUUAAACUGGGAGCAAUUGGUAACAAGCGGAAGAAGAGCAGUUCAAGUGAGGAGGUGGAUGAGGAUGACUCUGAGCAGGAGAACUCCAGCGUUCACAGUUCUUCAGUCCGCUCUGACAGCUCAGGACGGGUCAAAAAGAAUAAAAGGGGUCGCCCCGCCAAGAAGAAGAAAAAGGCGCUGGGCGAUGAGGAUGGCGAUGGCUAUGAGACUGACCAUCAGGAUUACUGCGAGGUGUGUCAGCAGGGAGGAGAGAUCAUUCUAUGUGAUACCUGUCCCAGAGCGUAUCACCUGGUGUGCCUUGAACCUGAGCUGGAGAAAGCACCUGAGGGCAAGUGGAGCUGCCCUCACUGCGAGAAAGAAGGGAUCCAGUGGGAAGCAAAAGAAGAGGACUUUGAGGAAUUUGAAGAGGAGUGUGACGAUGUGCGGGAUGUGGAGCCAGGGCUUGGUGGAGAGGAAGAGGAGGACGACCACAUGGAGUUCUGUCGAGUGUGUAAAGACGGAGGAGAGCUGUUGUGUUGUGACUCCUGUCCGUCAUCCUAUCACAUUCACUGCCUGAAUCCUCCACUGCCCGAAAUCCCCAAUGGAGAAUGGCUCUGUCCACGCUGCACUUGUCCACCAAUCAAAGGACGAGUGCAAAAAAUCCUGCACUGGCGAUGGGGUGAACCUCCACCCCCAGUUCCCGUCCCUCCACCUCCAGACGCACCCCCUGAUGCCCCGCCCCCUCCGCCCAUGAAAGGUCGCCCCGAGCGGGAGUUCUUUGUGAAGCUGACGGCACAGUCCUACUGGCACUGCACCUGGAUUACUGAGCUACAGCUCGAGAUCUUCCACUCGGUGAUGUUCCGCAACUAUCAGAGGAAAACCGACAUGGAUGAGCCGCCCAGCCUUGACUACGGCUCUGGGGGAGAGGAGGAUUCUGGGAAGAGUGAGAAGCGGAGGGCUAAAGAUCCCCAAUACGCCAUUCUAGAGGAGAAGUACUACCGUUACGGAAUUAAGCCAGAGUGGAUGAUAGUGCACAGGAUAAUCAAUCACAGUGUGGAUAAGAAGGGCAACUACCACUAUCUGGUUAAAUGGAGAGACCUGACCUAUGAUCAGUGCACCUGGGAAAGAGAUGAGCUGGACAUCCCUGAGUUUGCUCUGCACAAAACGGCAUACUGGAGACACAGGGAGGCAGUGAUGAAGGAAGAUCCAGAGAAGCCGAGGAAGAUGAGGAGGAGAGAGGAGAACGAUGAAGCUCCAAGCACACCUGUUAAUGAUCCCACGAUCAAGUAUGAAGAGCAGCCGGAGUUUGUGACGGAGACAGGAGGAACGCUGCACCUCUACCAGCUGGAAGGCCUUAACUGGCUGCGCUUCUCCUGGGCUCAGGGCACAGACACCAUCUUGGCUGAUGAAAUGGGCCUGGGCAAGACUAUCCAGACCAUUGUAUUCCUCUACUCACUUUUUAAAGAGGGUCACACUAAGGGGCCGUUCCUGGUGAGCGCACCACUGUCCACAAUCAUUAACUGGGAGAGAGAGUUUGAGAUGUGGGCUCCUGACUUCUAUGUUGUCACUUACACCGGGGACAAGGACAGCCGGGCCAUCAUCCGCGAAAACGAGUUAACUUUUGAUGACACGGCUGUAAAGGGAGGAAAGAAAGCCUUCAAAUUACGGAGAGAAGCACCUAUUAAGUUCCACGUUUUACUGACAUCAUAUGAGCUUGUGACCAUAGACCAGAACGUUCUUAAGUCCAUUGACUGGGCCUGUCUUGUAGUGGAUGAAGCUCACCGUCUCAAAAACAACCAGUCUAAGUUCUUCAGGAGACUGAACGACUACAAGAUAGACCAUAAGCUGCUGCUAACAGGAACUCCACUCCAGAACAACCUGGAAGAGCUUUUCCAUCUGCUCAACUUCCUGACACCCAACCGCUUCAACAAUCUGGAUGGUUUUUUAGAGGAGUUUGCAGACAUCUCUAAAGAGGACCAGAUCAAGAAACUGCAUGACCUGCUCGGCCCUCACAUGCUGCGGAGACUCAAAGCUGAUGUGUUUAAAAACAUGCCAGCAAAAACGGAACUGAUCGUCAGAGUGGAGCUCAGCCCCAUGCAGAAAAAAUACUACAAGUUCAUUCUGACACGUAACUUCGAGGCGCUGAAUUCCAAGGGAGGAGGGAACCAGGUGUCUCUGCUAAACAUUAUGAUGGACCUAAAAAAGUGCUGCAACCACCCCUACCUCUUCCCUGUCGCUGCUGCCGAAGCUCCCAAGACACCAAGUGGAGCGUAUGAAGGUGUUGGGCUCACUAAGGCCUCUGGGAAACUCAUGCUGCUGCAGAAAAUGCUCCGAAAACUGAAAGAACAAGGCCACCGGGUGUUAGUGUUCUCUCAGAUGACCAAGAUGCUGGAUUUGCUGGAGGACUUCCUGGAUUGUGAGGGUUAUAAAUAUGAGCGGAUAGAUGGAGGCAUCACUGGAGCUCUUCGUCAGGAGGCCAUCGACAGAUUCAAUGCUCCUGGUGCGGUUCAGUUUUGUUUUCUCCUCUCUACGCGAGCGGGUGGUCUGGGCAUCAACUUGGCCACUGCGGACACAGUCAUCAUCUUUGACUCGGACUGGAAUCCUCAUAAUGACAUACAGGCCUUCAGUCGAGCUCACCGCAUCGGUCAGGCCAAUAAGGUGAUGAUAUACCGCUUUGUGACACGAGCUUCGGUCGAGGAGCGAAUCACGCAGGUGGCCAAAAGAAAGAUGAUGCUCACACACCUAGUGGUGCGGCCCGGAUUGGGCUCAAAAGCGGGAUCCAUGUCCAAACAAGAAUUGGACGACAUCCUCAAGUUUGGCACAGAGGAGCUCUUCAAAGAUGAGAUCGAGGCAGGGGACAAUAAAGAUGAUGAUGGCAGUGUAAUACACUACGAUAACGCAGCCAUCGAGCGUCUGCUGGACCGCAGUCAGGAUGCCACCGACGACUCUGACAUGCAGAACAUGAACGAGUAUCUGAGCUCCUUCAAAGUGGCCCAGUACACUGUCAAAGAGGAUGACAAGAUAGAGGAGAUUGAGAGAGAAAUCAUUAAGCAGGAAGAGAAUGUGGAUCCUGAUUAUUGGGAGAAACUCUUGAGGCAUCACUACGAGCAGCAGCAGGAGGAUCUGGCCCGCAAUCUCGGCAAAGGAAAGAGAGUUCGCAAACAGGUCAACUACAAUGAUGCCGCUCAAGAGGACCAAGAGUGGCAUGCUGACAUUUCAGAUAACCAAUCAGAAUACUCUGUGGGCUCGGAGGAGGAAGAUGAAGACUUUGAUGAAAGGCCCGAGGGUCGCAGACAGUCACGCAGGCAGCUCCGAAAUGAGAAGGACAAACCACUGCCACCGCUGUUGGCCAGAGUUGGCGGCAACAUAGAGGUAUUGGGCUUUAAUACGCGUCAGAGAAAAGCCUUCCUGAAUGCCAUCAUGAGAUGGGGGAUGCCCGCUCAGGACGCCUUCUCUUCUCAGUGGCUCGUGCGGGACCUCCGCGGCAAGAGCGAGAAAGAGUUCAAGGCGUAUGUGUCGCUCUUCAUGAGGCAUCUCUGUGAGCCGGUGGCUGAUGGUUCAGAGACGUUCGCUGAUGGUGUUCCACGUGAGGGGCUCUGCAGGCAGCCGGUCCUCACACGUAUAGGAGUCAUGUCUCUGGUCAAGAAGAAGGUGCAAGAGUUUGAACACAUCAAUGGGAAAUGGAGCAUGCCUGAGCUGAAGCCAGAGAUCACCGUGGACUCCAAGAAAUCCUCAAGAGCCUCUUCACCUGCCAUCAAGACAGACACUCCUACACCUGAGCUGAGCUGCAACAACACACCCUGCACCUCCAAACCAGCCACUCCCUCUCCACCUGACAAGACGGAGAAGAUCGCAAAAGAGGCGGAGAAAGAUGAGGCAGAGUCCCUGACAGAAGCAGAGAGAGAGCGAGAGAAGGAAAAAGCGAAAGAAGGAAAGGAGGGAGAGAGUGUGGAGAGCACAGAACAUGCAGAAACUUCCGCCACAGUGAAUGAGGGCGAGAAAGAUCCGGUAACCAGUGAAAAAUCUCAGACAUCUGAAAGUCCAGCAGCAGCUUCUGAUGACUCAAAAACGAAAGAAAAUCCUGACAUCCCUCAGUCAUCACCAAAAGAAAAGGGCGAGAAAGAGAAACAAGAGGAGCAGGAGGGGAAUGAAAAAGAGGCCUCUACAGAGAAACUAUCUGAUUCUCCGUCUGUUAAAGAAGAGAGCAAAGAGGUUCUGAAAGGUGACAAAAAAGAGAAGGCUGGAGAAGAGAAGGAGAAAACUGAAGCAUCCUCUCCUCCCUUAGAAACGACAGAGAAGAAGGACAAAUUAGAGCAGUUGUCUGAGGUCAAAAAAGAAGAGGUGAAGGGUGAAAGGGAUGCUGGGAAGGAGGUCAGAGUGCAGAGGGAGGAGGUGCCCAAAGCUAUCAGCAGACCAGCAGAGCGUCCACGGUUCAUGUUCAACAUUGCAGAUGGGGGAUUCACAGAGCUCCACACUCUCUGGCAGAAUGAGGAGCGGGCAGCUAUUUCAUCAGGCAAGAUCAACGAGAUCUGGCACCGACGACACGACUUCUGGCUGCUUUCAGGAAUCGUGUGCCAUGGCUACGCACGCUGGCAGGACAUUCAGAAUGACCCGCAGUUUGCAAUCGUAAACGAACCCUUCAAAACUCAAGCCAACAAGGGAAACUUCUUAGAGAUGAAAAACAAGUUCUUGGCCAGACGAUUCAAGUUGUUGGAGCAGGCCCUGGUAAUCGAGGAGCAGCUGCGUCGGGCUGCAUACCUCAACAUGACCCAGGACCCCACUCACCCGGCCAUGGCCCUGAAUGCCCGCUUUGCUGAGGUGGAAUGUCUAGCUGAAUCCCAUCAGCAUCUCAGCAAGGAGUCGCUCGCAGGAAACAAACCUGCCAAUGCCGUCUUGCACAAGGUGCUGAACCAGCUGGAGGAGCUUCUGAGUGACAUGAAGGCAGAUGUAACGCGGCUCCCAGCCACACUGUCCAGAGUCCCACCGAUCACAGCCCGUCUGCAGAUGUCAGAGAGAAGUAUCCUCAGCAGACUGGCCAACAAGGGCAACGAGACACACACACCGCCGCCUAUUCCUCCAGGCCCGUACGCCACCCCGCAGAACUUCGGCCCUCCCUUCACACCUGCACCCUCAGCGGCCCUCGCUCUGGCCGGAGCAAACUACAGCCAGAUGCCCCCCGGAUCCUUCAUAUCAGUGUUGAACGGGCCGCCCAUGUCAAUGAAGAAAGAGAGGGAGGCCGAGCUCCUGAUGGCACGGAGGGAACAGCGCAGCGGGGAGGUGAUCUGCAUCGAUGACUGAAUUCAGCAACUCACACACACAAACACACACACACACACGCACACGCUGACUCAGUCAAAGGACAUCUGCAUGCAAACAUAAACAACUAUUCCUGAACACACACACACACACACACACACACAUGCACCUGCAGUUUGACGAAUGAACAGACUACCCUCAGUAUCACAGCAGCACUUUCACAAACAGCUACGCAGAGCUUCAGCUCGCCCUUUGGUUAUUUCCUCCCGAACACUUAUGUGCACAUACACACACAUGCACACAUACAAAAGAUUUGAUUUCCUUUCCUCUCAUAACUAUCAGCCUCACAUUUCAGAAGAAUCCACACGCUCAUGUUCAUCUGAAGUCCCGUGCCCUCGCUAAUGCCCCACGACACAGACAUGAAGCUGCAUGUAUGUGGAAGAGCUUCCGCAGUGAUUUGUUUUCCAACAGCAUGCAUCUCGCAGUCCACGGUUCAGUCAAGAGAAAGCCCCUGUGCCCGCUCUUGCAUAGUGCAAUCUUUCAAGAAAACCCUCAUUGUAAGCUAGCGGGACUGUUUCAGAGCUGCCAUGUCCCAUAAACAAGCUUCAAGCAGUCUUCUUAAAGGGAGUGUUCAGCCUAAAAGAUUCCUGUCAUCAUUUAGCCAUCCUCAAGUUCUUCCAAAUCUUCCUUUGUUCUGUUGAGAAUUGAAGAACGCUAGCAACUACUAAACUAUCAACAUAUAGCAUUGGUUUUCAUUGUAUUUUCCUCCUACUGUGAAAAUUAAUAGCUUUAGCAUUCUUCAAAAUGUGUUUAACGGAAGAAAUAACUCUAAUUUAUUACAUUUUUGUCUAAUGUAUAAUGAAUGUAUCUAUACAAUGAAUAUAAUGGGCAUUGUUGCAUCCCAUUGACGUUCAUUUAAUGAUUAUAAAACACAAUGAAUAUCUUUUGUGCGGAAGUCAACCAUGUGUGGAAUGACAUUGAGUGAAUGAUGGCUGAAAUUUCAUUUCAGGGUGAACUGCCCCUUUAAGAAUAUGGGCUAACAGCAUGGUGGUGAUUUAGUUUGGGAGGAUAUAUAUGUAUUUUAAUGUAAAAAUAUGGAGGGGGAUGGGGGGGGGUGUAUUAAACAUUACCCUGGCCAACUUUGAGAAAAAAAAAACGAGGUAAAAUUUAUGACCUACCACGACAGUAAAGAAGUAAUGUAUUAUGUUCAAUUCAAUCAGUAUUGGCUGCAGUAUUGUCUCGCGAUAAAAAAACAGUAUGUAAUGAAGUUUAUUUAGCCUUAUAUUGGGACAUCGAGCAUUGAAAUGUAAAGUUACAUGCCUUUAUUAAAGUAUUGACCCUUAAUCUAGUGUUACGGUGAGGUGAAGAGGGUUCAAAAGCAUCUUUGUACCUCCCCAAGUGUUACCGAAGCACGUUCGGCAGUUCUACACUUCAUUCUCUCUCAUCACUUCAACUUCACCUUUCUCAUUCAAACCAAUCGCUCACAUCUCACUCCUAUCCUUUAUUCACAUUUCUACUUGUUUUUACGAGCUCUUUGAUAUCGUUUGCGUAUUUAAACUCGGUUUCAUUGUGUUCUCCUGUUUUUAAUCCUUGUUAUUACAACUAAGAUUAUUGUUGUUGCUCUUGAUGUUGUCCUUGAUGUUACAUUUGCGAAGCUUCUACCAAAUGAAAAUAAUAAUAAUAAUAAUAAAAAAACAGUCGAAACAUUGACGCAUUGUAUGUUUGGUCCAUCACAUUUCUCUAUAUCGGACCUCUUGUAAAAGAAUAUUCCACAAAGGGGUCGAAAGGACUUGCGAAUAAUCGAUAUCACCGCUAUCCUACGGACAUCGCUUGUAUCUACAGUAGAUUCGGGGCUUGCAAAACAAAUAACCUGUAUGCAGUGGAUCACAUGUAACCAUGAUAUUGAAAACAUAUGAAUGCAUAUAUUCAAAUCUGCAAUUGAAAUUCCUUCUGCAAUGUUUUUUGGCUCCUACAAAAGUAAAGCCUUGUAAUGUUACCGCCUUAAAUGGUAAUACAGCUGUAAAGGGUUAAUGAACAGAUGUGAACUCUGUAUAUGGCUGCAGUUGUACUAUACCUAGCUAGGCCUCAACUCAAGACAGAUCACGAGUUGAAAUGUUAAUUUAUUUGCCCCGUUCCCCAGUAUAGUUCUGAAAUAUUGUUCAUUUCAGUGCUUGGUUUUAUUUGGGAGAGUUGCGUCAAUUCAAGCACUUACUGUUCAUUUUUUCAUUUCUGCCUUUUAAUGUUUUUUUUGUUGUCAGUAUUUUCUGCAUUUUCUUUGUUUCCUGCUAAGAGUCACUGUGUACGUUGUGUGAUCCCAGACAGUCGGUGACAUUGUUGUGAUCAACAUUUGGCACACCGAACGGAACAUGUUAAUAAUGCAUCUUUCUCUCUUUUGUUUUGUUUUGUUUGUAAUAAAAUAAAAUAAAAAACAAAUAAAUGA